GAAGACAUGAAGAUGCUGGAAGACACAGAGAUGCUGGAAGACGUGGAGAUGUUGGAAGACGAGCAGAUGCUGGAAGCCCUGGAGAUGCUGGAAGACCUGGAGAUAUAGGAAGACAUGGAUUUGUUGGAAGACACAGCUUAGUUGGAAGACAUAUAUUUUCUGGAAGACGUGGAUUUUCUGGAAGACACGGCUUGGUUGGAAGACAUGGAUUUUCUGGAAGACGUACCUUUGUUGGAAGACGUACCUUUGUCGGAAGACGUACCUUUGUUGGAAGACGUACCUUUGUUGGAAGACACAGGUAGGCUGGAAGACAUUAAUUUGAUGGAAGACAUGGCUUUGUUGGAAGACGUGGAUUUGCUGGAAGACACGGAUUUCCUGGAAGACCUGGAUUUUUCGGAAGCUAUGGAUUUGAGGGAAGACAAGGAUUUUCUGGAAGACGUGGAUAGUCUGGAAGACAUGGCUUUGUUGGAAGACGUGGAUUUGCUGGAAGACACGGAUUUCCUGGAAGACCUGGAUUUUUCGGAAGCUAUAGAUUUGAGGGAAGACAAGGAUUUUCUGGAAGACGUGGAUAGUCUGGAAGACCCGGAGGCCAUUGGAAGAUGUGGAUUUUCUGGAAGACAUGGCUUUUUUGGAAGACGUAGAUUUUCAGGAAGACCCAAAUUAUCCGGAAGACCUGGAUUGUUGGGAAGACAUGGAUUUUCUGGAAGACUGGGAGGUUACUGGAAGACAUGGAUUUUCUGGAAGACAUGGAUUUUCUGGAAGACGUGGAUCUUCAGGAAGACAUAUAUUGGCUGGAAGACCUGGAUUUUUUCCGGAAGACGUGGAUUGACUGGAAGACCUGGAUUUGGUGGAAGACAUAGAUUUUUCUGGAAGACACUGACUGACUGGAAGACCUGGAUUUCUUUCUGGAAGACACUGAUUGACUGGAAGACUUGGAUUUCUUUCUGGAAGACACUGAUUGACUGGAAGAUCUAGAUUUUUCUGGAAGAACUAGAUUUACUGGAAGACUUGGAUUUGGUGGAAGACACAGAUUUUUCUGGAAGACAUGGAUUAGCUGGAAGAUCUGUAUUUGAUGGAAGACCUUGAAAUUAUUGGAAGACAUGGAUUUUCUGGAAGACGUGGAUUUUCCUGGAAGAUCUGGAUUUGGUGGAAGACCUAUAAUUGCUGGAAGACUUGAUUUGCUGGAAGACUUGAUUUACUGGAAGACUUGGAGCUUCUUGGAAGACAUGGAUUGUCCGGAAGACAUGGAUUGUCUGGAAGAUGUGGAUUUUCUGGAAGCUCAGGAUUAUCUGGAAGACCUUGAGAUUAUUGGAAGACUUGAAGUCGCUGGAAGACCCGGAGUUGUUGGAAGACCUUGACACUGGCGCCAUCGGAAUCCCUGGAUAUUGGAAA